AUGCAGAAAAUAUCAAUUUUAAAGGUUGACAACCCGUCUUGCCUCUGGGGUCGGGUUGUUUGGGGUUCUGGCGCAGACACAGACACCGCAGAUCAAUACAACAGUAUGCUGACUCAGAUGAACCUCUUCUACCAUGACGUCACCCAGGACCUGCACAAGCUAAAGCCCACAUCAUUAGUGAAAGGACAGGUGUGUGUGGUGUACUGGACAGCGAUAAGGUCAUGGUGUCGGGCUGUGGUGGAGUCCAUCUACAUGGACUCUAUAUCUUGCCAAGCUCGCUGCCUCCUGGUUGACCACGGACAACGACUUGUCAUUCCUUCAGAUCAAAUUCGACUGGCAGUGCCCAACUUCUUACAGCUGCCUUUCUGGGUGAGGAAGUUCCACCUGGCAGGAAUCAAACCAACAACCCUGCGAGUGUCUGUAUAUGAGGAGAAGGCAGAGCUCAUUCAGUCCAGUCGAUGGGACAGCUCUGCCACACUCUACCUGCACAACCUGCUGCAAGCAUCCACUCAGACAGAGGCUGUGUUGCUUGAAUCUGAAUCAGACUCCACCUCCAUGGAGCUUUACCUGACUGUUAGCAACAUCAAGAUCUGUGUGAAUGACGACUUGGUGGCUAAAAGGUUUGCAUAUUACAGCAGAGAUUCUGCUGACAGCGGGGGCCUGGAUGAGGGGGACCGAUUGCCUGUCAUGUUGUCCUCCAGCAUCUUAACCCAAACCAUCUCUACAGCCUCAAACAAGCUAAUAACACAAAGCCAACCACCUCUAGUGGCAUCACAGAGUCUAGCUGGAGCUGGUGCAGGUGAUUGGCUGACAGCUUCUUCUCUACCUAAGAGCCAACAGCAUGACCUAAUGACCUCCAAGGGAGACCAUCAGGUGAAGAUCACAGAACAAGAAUUGUCUCCCAGCAUACAGUCCAGCAAUGGCUCAGAUGCUGCAGCUGCUACAGAGAGUGACCCAUCAGAGGACACUGACUCUUCUCUGGCUUCAGCUCUGGCUAAAAACCUAAAUCUGUUCAGCAGUUUAAGUAGAUCGUUAGAUUCAGAACCAGGAGAGGCAGAGGAGACCUGGAGGAGUGAAGAGGACAGGGCCUGUUCACGCCUUUUGGAGUGGUUGAACCCAGAGCCUCUGAACCGUGAUCCAGACACUACAAAAGAUGUGGUACCCCUCGAUGAUCCCAGGAGCAGUGGGAUUCUGGUGCACUGUGCUCUUCCAGUGGAACCCUGUAGCAGCCCGGGUGACGCCCCCAUCACAGAUGCUCUGCGCUUGGUGUUGCGGAGGAAGCAGUACAACACUUUGUCUGCAGCUGACUGUUACAGCUGGCCAGCUGUCGCUCGAGGAUGCAACACUGUAAUUGUUUCCCACAAUGCUGACCAGCCACUGAGCUACCUCACCCCACUUCUCACCCACAUCCUACUCAACUCCAUCUUCACCUCCUUCACCUCCAGCUCAGGGCCCAUAGCGGUGCUGCUGUGUCCAGGCUGGGAGAAGGUCCAGGUGGUGUAUGACCUGCUGGAGGAGUGUAAUGUUGCCCACAGCCUCCACCCCAUCAGCAUGCUGCUCGGCGUUGGCAAGGACGAGGCCAAGGCCGUCAAGAUUCCCAAAAACUGCCUACUGUUGGUGACCACUCCUUUCACUCUGGUUCGUCUACUGUCUUGUCACUCCUUCCUGUUCCUGCGGCUGUACCACCUGGUGCUAGAUGAAGCUGACCAGCUCUUUACUCUUGCUCCAGACCAGAUAACUCUCAUGACUCUAGAGAGCAGUAAGAUCUCAGUGCUGUUGGGCACAUUGGAUUUCAACCCUGACGUUGGCCAGAAGACAUUGAUCGUAGCAAACUCUGUUCAGGAGGUUGAAGAUGUGUUUAAGGCUGUGAGCAACAAAUCUGCGUUCUGCCUCAAGACCCAUGAGGGGUUAACACACCAGUUUGACUUUGCCAUCCAGCAGUGGAGAAAAGACGUUGGCCCUGGCAGCCAUGUUAUUCUGGUGACCACCAAUGACUGUGUGAAGUGUCUGGGCAUCAGAGAUGCAACCUGUGUUGUCCACUAUGGUUUUCCCACCUCUCCCAAACUGUUUGGCAGCCGACUCUUCUGCAUGGCUGAAAACUUCCGAAACCUCUCAGAACAAGGUCAAAUAGAAUGCUGCCCUCAUGUUGCCCAGUCAGUGCUGCUCAUUUCAGACAGAAACGCCCGCCAUGUGGUUGGGAUUCUGCGCUACCUCGGACGAACUAAUGCCCUGCUGCCCCCCGAGCUGCUGUCCUUCGCCCAGGGCAUACAAGAGGCCCGGGAAGACCAGAAGAUGAACAGCCCUCUCUGCAGCUAUGUGAAGAGCUUUGGAGUCUGCAGAGACAGCAGUGUGUGUCCUGACCGUCACAGAUUCAUUUCCCAGCUGGAUCAGUCUGAGCUCCCUGCAUCUGGAGUCAUAGAAGUGGUACCUCUCUACAUUAAGACGGCAUCAGUAUUCUACGGUCGUAUUGUGAAGAAGGAGGACAGACGUUUUGACAUAAUGUCCUCUGAGAUGGCUUCUUACUAUGCUGACAAGAAACCAGGAGCCAAGGAGCUACUGGAAGGAGGCUUGUAUGCUGUGCAGGAGGAAGAGGUCUUCCACAGGGUGAAGAUCCUCUCUCUGCCAGACAGAGAUGACUGCCUAUUUUUCAGCGUCUGUGCUGAGUUCAUUGAUGUGGGAAAGGAGGAGGAGGUCAGAUCUCAUCAGAUCCUCCAUCUGCCAGAGCAGUUUCAGUCCCUGCCUGGCCAGGCUGUGGAAAUCAUCAUCUGCCGGGUCAAGCCAGUUGAUGCUGAGAAUAACUGGCAUCCCAAGGUCACCAGAGCGAUCAGCCAAAAGAUCCGAGGCCUGCAGCAUCGAGGCAGAGCAGUUCUCAGUCUGGGAAACACCGUUUUUGUUGAUCCUAUGGUUCGGGUCACCCAGGUGCCAGGUAUGAAAACUCUCAUAAACGAAUACAGCAUCCAGUCUGAGAUCCAGAACACAGGGAUGGGAAUCGGCAACCCUGAGCAUCUGGACCUGCUGAGGGCACUGUGUCAAGAGGCUGGAUUCUGCAAGGAGGCAAAACACACCUCUAGACAGGGGGAUGGUUUGCCAUCCCUGGAGACCAGGGUCAAAACUGAGGAAAAUAUUAUGGCUGAAGCUUUCAGAGUUGCUGAGGUCAAGAAGCUUGCUGCUCAAGAACUCCCUCACUUUAAGCCAUGUGUGCCUGAAGGUGCUGACCAAAGCAACAGGCAGCAGGUCAUCAGCCCUGAUGGAGCAGACUGUGAUGACUUGACUAAAAGUUUCCACCCUCAGGUCCGCUGGUAUCAAACAUCCGACUGUGUGAUUCUAACCGUAAAGCUGAUGAACCCAGACAAUCAACGCUGUGAUUUCUACCCUGACCGAGUCAUUUACAGUGGCAGAGUAAACGGUCGGUCCUACAGAGUCGACAUGGAGCUUCACCAAAAUAUUGCAGCAGACUGUUGCUGUUUGAAAAUGAAUUCCAACGAGCCAGUUCUCAUACUGGUCAAACAACAGCAGGGAUACUGGGAAAGACUCGUCAGGAACAAGAAUAUGUUUGUCAGCUAUGAUAUGGAGCAUGUUGACAAUGAUGAUGAGGGAGAUGAUGGAGACAAAACACCAAAUGGUCUGUUUGUGGAAAACACGGGAGAAGAUAACUGGUAUGUGAUUUCGGAGAGCAGCAGUGACAGUGACUGA